AUGAAUUAUGACUAUCUCAGCUCACCACAAAAAAAAGAAAGAUUCAACAUCGCCAUGGUAUCAGAUUUUUGUUACCCGAAUGUUGGCGGUGUAGAAAGUCAUAUUUUUGCUUUAUCUCAAUGCCUUAUUCGACGUGGUCAUCGAGUUAUUAUAAUCACUCACUCUUAUGGUUCUGAAGGUGGUCAGCGUCAAGGUGUAAGAUAUUUGCCACGUGGACUUAAAGUCUAUUAUAUUCCAAUACAACCGUUUUAUAAACAAUCAAUUUUCAUCACAGUUCUGGGCACAUUACCAAUAAUUCGUGAAAUAGUAAUACGUGAACAGAUUGAUAUUGUACAUGGACAUUCAAUAUUUUCGCCUUUAGCCUGUGAAGCUGUAAUUCAUGCACAGAGCCUUGGCUGUCGAACUGUUCAUACAGAGCACUCACUUUUUGGUUUUUCAGAUUUGUCAGCAAUAAUUAUGAAUAAAGUAAUGGAAGGUGUAUUUACAGCUGUAGAUCAAGUGAUCUGUGUUUCACAUACUACCAAAGAAAAUGUAGUUCUUCGAGCUAAAUAUGAUCCUGAUCGAGUUUUUGUAAUUCCUAAUGCAGUGGAUGCCUCUGCGUUUAUUCCUGACCCGUCUUGUCGUGAUCCUAAUUACGUUUACCGGAAAGGUCUUGAUUUAUUGGUUGCCAUCAUCCCGUCAUUAUGUUCUCUGUUUCCAGAAUUAAGAUUUCUUAUAGGUGGUGAUGGACCUAAAAGACUUGAACUAGAAGAGUUACGCGAACAGUAUCAAUUACAUUCACGUGUAAACUUAUUAGGAGGUUUAAAACCUCAUGAAGUUCGGCCUCUUUUAAUACAAGGUGAUAUCUUUCUAAAUACUUCUCUUACUGAAGCGUUUUGUAUAGCGAUUCUUGAAGCAGUCUCAUGUGGCUUAAUGGUUAUCAGUACAGCUGUUGGGGGACUUCCCGAAGUUUUACCUGAGCAUUUUAUUAGACUUGCACCAGCGAACGCUUCAGAAUUAGCCACUAUUGUUGCAGAUUCUAUUAUUCAAGUUCAGCGGCAACGCGAGGAUUCGAAACUUACAACUCAUGAACAAGAAGCUAUGGAUAAUUUGACCUCAGACAAGCUGAACAUAUGUACAUCACCUCCAAAUCCUCUGUGUCGAUUUUCAUUGAUCGCCGAUUCAUCUACACACUUUGAUGGUACGGAAUGUAAUUGUAAUUCACUUACUGAUCAUUGUUGGCAUAUGCAUAAAUGGGUUCGUAGUACGUAUUGUUGGCCUCUAGUCGCUAAACGUACGGAAAAAGUCUAUUCUGCUGCUAUGUCUAAACCACCUGUUUCACUACAAAACAGAAUCUCAAGAUUGUACCAACUUGGUCCACUUACUGGGAAAAUAACAUGUUUUGCCGCCAUUUUACACUGGCUUCUUCUUCAAUUUAUAUCAUGGCUUAGACCUGAACAGAUAAUAGAUAUAAUGCCAUCACUUGAAACACCUAUAGAAGAUUUCAGUGAUAGUGAAUGUGAGGAUUUUUCGGUUGAUUCACAUAAAUAA